UUCAUAUAAUAUGUCGUGUUUGUUUAGUAGAAAGAGAAAAUAUGAUGCCGAUUCAAGAAUCACAAAUUAUUCAUAUGUUAGAGGAAUGUACUUCAGUUGAUGAACCAUCGUACGAAAAAAAAUUACCUCAGCAAAUUUGUACCCACUGUUUUUGGCAACUAAAAAACGCAUAUGAAUUUAAACAACAAUGCUUACUUUCCUUAGAAAUUCUUUUCGAGGUGGUAGUUUCAUAUGAAAAUAAUACCAACAUAGAAAAUGAAAAUAAAAAUAUUCCAAUAGAUAUUAAAAACCAAACCGAAUGCACUGAAAAAAUAAACGACCAUCUUGAAACCGAUCAAAAUGAUAUCACACAAAAUUUAUAUCUCGAAGAGUUCGAUGAUAAUAAUUCAAUUUUACAAGACGACAUGGAAAUCCACGAAGAAGAAAAUUCAUCAAGGGAUGAAAAUAAAAUGGAGAAUAUUAUAGAAAAUGGACAAAAAUCUUUAGCGGAUAUUUUACGUAAAAAAUAUAACAUUUACGAUUUAACUUGUAACAUAUGUAACAAAGAAUUAAGUACACGGGCAACUUUAUUACGUCACAUGGAUAUUCAUGACACAAAUCGAUCGUUAAAUUAUCAAUGUAAAAUAUGUAAUAAACGAUUUUACGCACAAGAGAACUUACGUAAACAUGAAAAUCGUCAUAUGGGUAAAACAAAAUAUCAAUGUGAUCGAUGUCCGAAAAAAUUUUACGUUCUAAGUGCGUUAGGUGUUCAUACGAAAACACGACACAAAGCAAAUCCGAUAAAAUGUUCACAAUGUACCGCGAAAUUUUAUCAUCAAUUACAAUUAGAACAACAUCAACGCAAUACGCAUACGGAGAAAAAAGAAUACGUAUGUGACGUAUGCGGUAAAGAAUUUACGUUAAAAUAUUAUCUGCGGGAGCAUCAAAUAACGCAUUCGAAUGUACGUCAUCAUACGUGUGAAUAUUGUAAAAAAGGCUUUAAACAUAAAGGAACCUUACGGGCACAUAUUAAAUUAGUUCAUAUUGAACCGGAACGACGGGAAAUGUGUAACGUAUGCGGUAAAUUAAUUUUACCAUCAACGUUACGUUCACAUCUCGAAUCACAUGAUAAGGAAACUGUCUAUAAAUGUCCCGAUUGUGGGAAAAUUUAUAAUAAUAAAUAUGUUUUACGUGGUCAUAUCAAUGAAAAACAUAAUGCAGAAAGUGGAACCGUUAAUACGGCAAUAGUGUGUAAGAUAUGUAAUAAAAAUUUAACAAGUAAGCGUACGCUUAAGACGCACAUGAUUGUAAUGCAUUCGGAGAUGAAGAAACGUGAAUGUCAUAUUUGUGGGAAAGCGUACAAGUUACAGUGUAACGUGAAUGCACACAUUCAAAGUGCGCACAUGGAUGUACGACCGCAUAUUUGUAGUACGUGUAACAAAGCAUUUCACACAAAAACAUUAUUACGUAAUCAUAUGCGUACGCAUACGGGCGAACGACCAUUUUCAUGUUCGAUAUGUGGAAAAUCAUUUGGAUUUAAAGGUGUCCUUAGUACACAUAUGAAAGUUCAUACAAACAUCGAUUUUGAUAUGAGUCCAUCAAUAAAUAUAAAUGAUUUUCAUAAAAUUUGUCGAAUUUGUUUAAUAACUAAAGAAAAAAUGGUUCCAAUCAAUACACCCGAAGUUAUUUUUAUGCUUGAAGAUUGUUCUUCAGUACAAGAAUCGUAUGAACAAAAGAUGCCUCAGCAAUUAUGUGAAAAUUGUUUUUGGCAAUUAAAAAACGCCUAUGAUUUUCGGCAACAAUGUGUGGUUUCUAUGGAAAUUUUAUGUGAAAUAUUACGUCAAGACGAGAAUUCCGAUGAGAAAAAUUCGAUUUAUUUAGAAGAUAAAAGUGUAGUUGAUGUGAAAUGUGUUACGACUACUAACAAUUCAGAAGAUAGUGUUGAAGUGAAAAGUGAACUAGGUUACGAUGAAGUAUUUUCUCAAGUUGAAACACUUCUAGACGAUGACGGUAAACAAAAUGAUGAAAAAUAUUCAAAACGAUGCAUGAACGCUAAAGUUGAGAAGGUAGAGAAUAGUGAAGAAGAUGAAAAUGAUGAAACAUCUUCAUGUUCUAGUGAUGAAUAUCAAGAAGAUCGUGAUCAUGACGAUGAUUUAGGAUCAGAUAACGAAGCAACUGAAGGUAACGAACAGAAACAACGAUCUUUAGCAGAUAUUUUAAUAAAAAAAUAUAAGAUUUACGAUUUAACAUGUAAUAUUUGUAAAAAGGAAAUAAGUACACGAUCAACGUUACUCCGGCACAUGGAAACACAUGACACGAACCGUCCAUUAAAAUACCAUUGUAGCAUUUGUAAAAAAGGAUUCUAUACAAGUGAAAAUCUAAAGAAACAUGUAAAUCGACAUAUGGGAAAAACAAAAUUCUCAUGUGAUAAAUGUCCGAAGCGAUUUUAUGUUCUAAGUGCACUUGGAGUCCAUUAUAAAUCUAGUCAUAAAGCGGAACCGAUACAAUGUAGUCAAUGUCCAUCACAAUUUUAUCAUCCCCUUCAAUUAGAACAACACGAACAGAAUCACGGCGAGAAAAAAUAUGUUUGUGAUGUAUGCGGGAAAGUAUUCCCGAAAAAAAAUCGUCUAACCAAACAUAAAAAGUAUCAUUCCGAGGAACGUCCAUUUACUUGUAACAUCUGUGAGCGGGGUUUUAAAACGAAAGCGGAUUUAACAUCUCACGUUAAAUUACGGCACGUAGAAAGUGAUCGUCGAGAAGUAUGCUAUAUUUGUGGGAAAUUAAUCCCAGUGGGUACACUAACAAUACACUUGGACACGCAUAAAGAUCGAAGUGUUAAAUGCUCGGAAUGUGAUAAAAUAUUCGCUAGUAAAAUAAUCUUAGAUCGUCAUAUUAAUCAUAUUCAUCGAAAUGGUGGUAUUAGUCAGAAAUAUUAUUGCGAUAUUUGUAAUAAAGCGCUGGGAAGUAAAGGGAGUCUUAAGACACAUAUGAUUACAACGCACUCGGAUGAUAAGAAAAACGAAUGCCAUAUUUGUGGGAAAACGUAUAAGUUAUUAUCGCAUGUACGCGCGCAUAUUCAGAGUGCACACAUGGAUGUUCGACCGCAUAUUUGUUCGAUUUGUAGUAAAGCUUUCCAUACGAAAUUAUUGUUAAAGAAUCAUAUGCGUACGCAUACUGGAGAACGGCCUUUUCCAUGUUCGAUUUGCGGCAAAGCGUUUGGAUUUAAAAAUGUUUUAAAUACGCAUAUGAAAGUACAUUCUAAAUCGUAAAGAUUUCAUUAAGAAAUUUCCGUGCCAGAAGAGAGUAACUCAAUAUCGCGCUUUUUAAAUGUAUUCUUUCGGUUUUAUUUUUAUUAAGCCUGACAGUGGAUCAUGACAAUUGCAGGAGCUGUCAUAGUGGAGAAGAGGAGGAGGCGAUUUCUCAUUUUCUCUGUCACUGUCCAGCUCUUGCCACAAGGAGUUGGACUUACUUCAGCCAGUUUUUCUUUGACGACCUCUCCGGCUUAGUCCGUUGACGUCAAAGGGCUUCUGCUGUUCCUAAGUAGCUCCAAAUAGUUCAUGUAGUAGUGGCGGGAGUGGGCCAACCUUUUUUUUGAUAUCACAACGGACUCUAUGGUCUAAGUGUAAAUAUAUAUUAAAAAAUAAAGGUCCUAAAAUCGAACCUUGCGGUACGGUACUCCAUUUUUACAUAUUGCCAAAUUGAUUCGUUGGGUAAGUUUUCGCACCACACGUUGUAUUUAGUGAUGAUUGAGCCACAAUAUUUUAUCUCUCAUAUCCGGAACAAUUUUCUAAUUUGAGACAUCGUAAUUCAAAGGGAAAUGUAUAAUUUUACAGCUUUAAUUUAAAGAAAAAAAGUAGAGUUCAUUAGACUGAGCAGAGAACACCGUAUCAAUGCCUACAUAAUUUUAUUUUAAAAAAUAUUAUGAUUUUUUUGAGCUUCUUGGAAAUAUUUCUCUGGAAAAACUUUGAUAAAAUCUCCGUCAAUAAUACUUAGUUAAAUAUUCUCUAAGAUUUCGAACGUUUUGGAAAGUUAUUGAAAGCAGAAUGAGCAAAAAUCACACACAGUACAUUCCCUCUUUGUUUCAUACAUAGGAACGUCUAUAAAAACUCUUACUUCAUAUAUUUUAAAUGGCUGAUCGCCAAACUGGAUCAAUAUCAUUAAAUUUAUUUAGCUUCUUUGUAUUCUUUUGAAUAAAUGU